AUGAAUCCAAUGGGCAUGUCUGGUGCAGCGGAGGCCCCUAGACGGGCUCACCUCUACGUUGGCAACCUCAGCCCCCGAGUGACCGAGUACAUGCUCACCGAGAUCUUCGCCGUCGCCGGGCCCGUCCAGCACGUCAAGAUCAUUCCCGACCGCAACUACCAGCACGGCGGCCUCAACUACGGCUUCGUCGAGUACAUGGACAUGCGUGCCGCCGAGACCGCUCUCCAGACCCUCAAUGGCCGCAAAAUCUUCGACACCGAGAUCCGCGUCAACUGGGCUUACCAGGGCCAACAAAACAAGGAAGACACUUCCAACCACUUCCACGUCUUCGUCGGCGACCUUUCCCCCGAGGUCAACGACGACGUCCUCGCCAAGGCGUUCGCCGCCUUCGGUACCAUGUCCGACGCCCGCGUCAUGUGGGACAUGAACUCUGGCAAGUCUCGCGGUUACGGUUUCCUCGCCUUUAGGGACAAGACCGAUGCCGAGCAGGCCAUCGCCACCAUGAACGGUGAAUGGCUCGGAUCCCGCGCCAUCCGCGUCAACUGGGCCAACCAAAAGACCCAGGGCGGCUUGCCAGUCAGUGGUGGCCCCACGGCUAGCCCAACUCGCACUGGUGCUGGCGGUGCUCCGGCGCCUAUCAACUUCCAAGGCGGUCCCCUCUCUUACGAGUCCGUGGUCCAGCAGACUCCCGCCUUCAACACCACCGUUUACGUUGGCAAUCUCGUCCCGUACUGCACCCAGUCCGACCUCAUUCCCCUCUUCCAGUCUAUCGGGUAUCUCUCCGAGAUUCGCAUGCAGGCCGACCGUGGUUUCGCGUUUGUCAAGCUCGACACUCACGAGCACGCCGCCAUGGCCAUCGUUCAGUUGCAGGGUCAGUUGGUUCACGGCAGGCCCAUCAAGUGCAGCUGGGGUAAGGACAGGGCGGAUGGUGGUGCUGCGGGUACCGCUCCCAUGAGUCCUGCUACGGGUGCUGCGCCUUACGGUAACAUGCCCAUGUACGGGAUGCCCCAACCGAACACUUACGGCCAGUACGGGUUCGGCGCCUACGGAGGCUUCCCCAACCAGGGUGGGGCUGGGGCUACGGCUGGAGGUGCCGCUCCUGGAAUGCCUCAGGCCGCUCCUGGUGCGCCUGCUGCAGGUGUUGCUGGUGCCGGGGCUGUCGACCCCGCUGCCGCCGCGGCGGGUGGCGCCCAGGGUCAGUGGGCCGGAGGAGACCCCAGCUCGUACUACUCCAACUACUGGGGCGGUAAGUUCCUUUUCUUGCUCUAG